ACUUGCCGCUGAAUACCAAAUCUAAGUUGCAGCCGCUUGAUGCAGGCAUCAUUGCGGCAUUGAAGCGGCGGUAUCGACGCAGACAACUACAACAGGCGCUUGACAAAGAAGAAGAAGAUCUUAAUCGUCAUAUCUACGACGUAGAUCAGUUCUUAGCAAAGUGGUGGGUGAAAUCGUGCUGGCGCGAGCUGGGUCGUGCCGAGGCCGGUGAUCUUGUCUUAACCUGCUUUCAACACACUAAGAUGGUGCCUCGGAUGACAUCAAACCGUCGCUCUCGACGGGAGGCGGAUUAACUUCUGAACUACGAGAUUUUUUACUGCUUGAACCGUCACCGAGUUCGAGAUCCAAUGAACAUCGACGAUUUCGUUUGCAAUGGUGCUGAUAGAGAUAGUGCAAUGGAGUCCCUAACGAGAAAAGAGCUGCUAAGUGACUCGACUGGUUUGCCGUUUAUUGAUAGAGCGGGGGAUGAACCUAAUGAUGAUGUCGAUACUGCGUCCGUUCAGAGUGACACCUACACACUACACAAGAGAAAGUGGAUGCAAUACGGAGUGUCAUUUUCAUGUUUCUACAGGACCAGGACCUUGAUGCAAAACUGCUGGGAGCUCUCCGAAAGCUACAACUACGCGUACGGGAUCAACUCCGCUGUGAACAAGACGCUAAAACUACCCAGACAUCGAUAACCAGCUCUUUCAGGCAAGCGGAAGACUAUUAGAUCUGCAGAAUUGAAGAUCACUUAUAAUAUUCAACAGGUA